AAGCGCUGCUCUCUUCAGACCGCUUCUUGACGGAAAACAUGUGAAAUCAGAGGGAACGACCCAAGAAGCAGCAGUUUGUUUUAAAGGUUACCCACCCCUCCCCUCCCCAUAUGUAUUCAAGUGGACCCAAGUGGGAGGACACUAACAAAUGUUAAUGUUGAAAUAUGAGAAAACGGAACCGGGGCGGGUGAAGGCACAUGGGAGAGGACUGGUGGUGAAGCUUAUCUGGGCUGCGGAGAGCAGGAAGACCAGAAAAUAGAAAAAUAAAAAAAUGCUUGGAUCUCGAUUUUUUAAAGAGGGAUACAUUCACAACUGUGCGCACCUAUUAUUCAAAUGGAUCGGUAGACGGAGAGGAAUCUAUUAAGAGUCCAGUUCCACUUUUUUAUUUCUUUCUUUUUUUUAUCGGAUUUAAAGAAGUAAACUUCAUCAAGAGGAAGAGACGAUAUCUAGAAGUUUGAAUCGGUUGCUGAAGCCAGAAAAAAAAUGUUGCGUGUGUUUUGGAGCGCUUUGAGUCUUUUGUGGACCUUGUUGAUCUGCAGCGUGUGCAGAAGCUGUGCGCAGGAACGACAGGGUUACCUGGUUACCGCCCCCUCUGUUUUCCGAGCCGGAGUGGAAGAGAGUGUGAGCGUCACCAUCUUUAAUGCAAAGGCAGAAACCCGCGUCCAGGUGCAGCUGUCGGUGAAAGGACAAACAGUCGCCCACAGCCACAGCUCAGUUUAUGAUAAAGGCACCAUCAAAUUGAAGGUUCCAUCUGGGCUGAGAGGGCAGGCCCUUCUGACGGUCUGGGGAAACCGUCAGCUCACAGAGAGAGGCUACAUUUUCCAUAACUAUACCACCAUCACUUUGGAGAGCAAGGGUUCAGCCGUCUUCAUCCAGACCGACAAACCCAUCUACAAACCCAAGCAUAAAGUGCUAAUUAAUGUCUACACUGUGACGCCUGAUAUGAGACCCAUAAAUGAAAAGGUUGAAGCAUAUAUUUUGGAUCCAAGAGGAUCUAGGAUGAUCCAAUGGAAGGGUCUUAAAUCUCUCUGCUGUGGCAUCGUGAACAUGAGUUUCCCUCUAUCUGACCAGCCUGUGUUUGGAGAGUGGUUGGUCUUUGUGGAAGUGCAGGGCCAAACCUACAACAAGUCAUUUGAAGUGCAGAAAUAUGUGAUGCCAAAAUUUGAACUGGUUAUAGUUCCACCUCCUUACAUUCGUGAUCUCAGCUCAUGCGAGCAGGCAAGUGUCACAGCCAGAUACACCUUCGGAAAACCGGUAACAGGAAAGCUGACAGUAAAUAUGACUAUAAACGGAGUUGGAUACUACCGUCAUGAGAUGGGCCAACCUGUAAUUAAAAUAAUGGAGAUUAAAGGCUCUGCAAAUUUCAGUCUGUGCGUGAGAGACAUGAUGCCGCUGGACGUGGCUGAUCACUUCAGGGGUACAGUUAGUAUUUGGGCAUCAGUGACCAGCAUUGAUGGCAGCCGGCAAACCACAUUUGAUGAUUCGACGGCGGUCCAUAAACAACUGAUUGACAUCAAGUACUCUAAAGAUACGCACAAACAGUUCAAGCCAGGUCUGCCUUACAAAGGGAAGAUCGAGGUUACUUAUCCAGAUGGGAGCCCAGCUGAUGGAGUGACAGUCCGUGUUAAGGCAGAGUUGACGCCCAAGGACAACAUCUACACCAGCGAACUGGUUUCCAAGGAUGGCAAAGUGUUGUUUGAAAUCCCCUCCAUCCCUAUAGCUGCUCAGUAUGUCUGGAUUGAGACAGAAGUGAUGUCUAUUGAUGGAAAGACAGUGGGAGACCAGUACUUGCCUAGCUACUUAUCCAUUAGCAGUUGGUACUCUCCAAGUAGGUGUCACAUCCAGAUCCAGAGUCCUAGCUCCCCUCUUAAGGUUGGCCAAGAGGCUGAAGUGGCUUUAAAAUCUACCUGUCCCUGUAACUUCACUCUGCACUACGAGGUGGUUUCCAGGGGAAACAUCGUCCUGUCAGGCAAAGAACCCGCCAACCUGACAGCAUCACACAGAGGAAAAAGGGCCACGGUGACUUUUGAUAAGAACGUUCAUGCCACCCAGCUCCCUUCCUCUGCUUCUGGGGGUUUGUCCCAGGAUGAGAUGGAAACCUGUAUGUCUUAUCUUCGUUUUCCUGUUAGUCACACCAUGGCGCCUCUCAGCCGUCUGCUGGUGUACUACGUCAGGGAAAACGGCGAGGGCGUAACAGACAGUCUGCAAAUCUCUGUUUUGCCGGAGUUUGAGAACAAGCUCUCUGUUUCUUUUUCAUCCAAUGAGUCCAUACCGGGAGAUCCAGUGAGCCUGCACGUUCGGGGUGAGAGGGGCUCAUGCGUUUGUUUGGCCACUGUGGAUAAAAGUCUUUACUUGUUAAAGCCCAACUUCCAGCUUAGUCCCAACAAGGUGUUCAAAGAGAUGGCUGAUUUCGAUGUUUCAGACGUAUUUGGUGUUGGUAAGGAUGAUGGACACAUGUGGUGGCCUGGACUGUCCUCAAAGAGACGAAGACGUUCAUCUGUGUUCCCCUGGCACUGGGACAUCACUAAAGAUGCACGCUUUGCUUUUACAGAAACAGGGCUGGUAGUGAUGACAGAUAUGGUGAGCUUAAACCACCGGCAGAGCGGAGGGAUGUACACUGAUGAAGCUGUUCCAGCUUUUCAGCCACACACAUCGACUUUAGUGACUGCGAUUCAUCCCCGACCGACUAUAAGGACUGAAAAGCGGAGACGGACGUUUUUCCCUGAAACUUGGGUGUGGCGCUGCUUUAAUGUCAGCUCUGAAACUGGGGAGGCUAUCCUCCAGUUGGAUGUCCCUGAUUCAAUCACCACAUGGGUCACCGAAGCUGUUGGACUCUCCGAGAAGAAGGGUCUGGGUUUGGCAGAGAGGAUAGAGCUUCGGACCUUUAAGCCCUUCUUCGUCGACUUCACGCUGCCUUACAGUUUAAUCCGAGGGGAGCAGACCAAAGUACCUCUUACGGUUUACAACUACCUUCCCACUUGUUCUGAGGUACAUGUAAAAGUGUCAGUCCCAAAAGGCAUCAAAUUUAUUGGCCAUCCUGGAAAGCACCAUCUUACCAGAAAGAAACGUGUGGCUCCUGGAGAGGCUAUUCCAAUAUCUAUUGUGUUGUCUUUCACUGAACUGGGAUCUGCAAACAUCACAGCCCGAGCCAUUGCCUACAGUUCAUCAAGUUGCUGUUCAGAUGGAGGAGUGACAGGCAAGACUAGUAAUCAUGCAGAUGAAAAGAGAAUCCCCACUGGUCUAGACUACGUUCGCAGGACUGUUCUGGUCGAGCCGGAAGGGCUAUCAAGAGAGUACACCUACAGUGUUUUCUUCUGUCCAAAUGAGAGAAUUCACAUUUCAACCCCUAAUAAGUACGAGUAUCAGUAUGUCAAAAAGCCAUCCAAGAUGAAGCAGUUUGAUGUGGCUGUGAAGACACACAAUGAUGCCCACAUUGCCCUCUCUGCCAGUCCACAUGACAGUGCAGAGAUGUUUGAGAUUGUACUCGGUGGGAAGCAGAAUACACGCUCCUGGAUAUCUUUAGGAAAAAUGGGGGACCCCCUGGUCAGCGUUUCCACACCAGGGCUGCUGUCCUGGAAUGAGUUCCGAAGUUUUUGGAUCAGUUGGAAAGGAGGUGUGAUAAAGGUGGGGCAUGGUUUACAUUCAUCCAACGAAUCUAUCAUUUUAGAGUGGGCAGGCCAAAUCCCAGGACAGGUGCAACACAUUGGGUUCUCAACUGGGUGGGGCUCUGUAGGAGAGUUUAAAAUCUGGAGGAAGGAAGACUCUGAUGACGACCACAAUGAGGCCUUCACUCUUGGUGUGCCGAGCAAUAUGGUGCCUGGAUCGGAAAGGGCCACUGCAUAUAUGAUCGGGGAUGUAAUGGGACCAACUCUAAACAACCUGGAUAAGCUGCUGAGGCUACCCUUUGGGUGUGGAGAGCAGAACAUGAUUCACUUUGCACCAAAUGUCUUUGUUCUGAAAUACCUUCAGAAGACCGGGCAGCUGAGUCCAGAGGUUGAAACUGAAGCCACAGACUAUCUGCUUCAAGGUUACCAGAGACAGCUGACCUAUAAACGGCAGGAUGGAUCCUAUAGUGCAUUUGGCGAGAGGGAUUCCUCAGGCAGUAUGUGGUUAACAGCGUUUGUUCUGAAGUCUUUUGCUCAGUCUCGGGGGUUUAUCUUUAUUGACCCUGAAGAGCUUCAUGCAGCUAAGUCUUGGCUCAUCAAACAUCAGCGAGAGGAUGGUUCCUUUCCUGCAAUGGGACGCAUUCUCAACAAAGACCUGCAGGGAGGGAUCCAUGGCAAGAUAUCUCUAACAGCUUAUGUGGUUGCAGCUCUUUUGGAGACGGGGAUAAUCACAGAGGAAGAGAAGGUCGCAGUGGCUAGAGCCAAGGAUUUCCUCGAAAGCAACACUUAUUCUGCCAAUGACCCUUACACCACAGCUCUGUCUGCAUAUGCCCUGUCUUUGCUCCGCAGCCUUUAUGCUCCGCUGGCUCUGCGUCGCCUCAACCACAUGGCCAUCACUAAAGAUGGGCUCACCCACUGGAGCCUUACUGGCAGCACUGUGACCGAUGAAGAUACUUUCAUGGGCUUCAGCGAUGGUUUCUCUCACUCAGUUGUGUCAGCAGAGGUGGAGAUGACAGCCUAUGGCCUUCUGACCUACACCAUCAUGGGUGAUGUUGCUUCUGCGCUGCCUAUUGUCAAAUGGCUCUCCCAGCAAAGAAAUGCUUUGGGUGGUUUCUCUUCCACACAAGAUACAUGCGUGGCUCUGCACGCCCUGUCGGAGUACGCCAUCCUUUCAUACGUAGGAGGGGUAAACCUCACCAUCUCUCUUGCCUCCACCAACCUCGACUUCCAGGAGGCCUUUGAGCUCAACCGAGACAACAAGAAACUCCUUCAGAGGGCCAAGAUACCAAGUAUCCCCACAGGCCUUUUUGUCAGCGCUAAAGGUGAAGGCUGCUGUCUCAUGCAGAUCGAUGUGUCCUAUAAUGUUCCUGAUCCAAUAGCAAAGCCAGCUUUCCAACUCAAGGUGGAUCUGAGAGAACCGCUACAGGAGCGACGCCUACAGCCCUCCUCCGCAUCUUCUACUUCCAAGCACUCUGCGUCACGUUCCCGGAGCCGAGUCGACAACCGCUCUGAGCUCAGUCGGAGGCGCAGAGCUCCCAUUGAAGAUGAUGACCCAGCAGCCCACCAGGACAAGCUAAACUUCCACAUCUCUUUAGAAGUGUGCGCUAGGUGGCUCCAUUCAGGUUCAUCCAACAUGGCAGUCAUAGAGGUUCCCAUGAUUUCUGGCUUCAGAGCAGAUUUCGAAAGCCUGGAGAGACUGAUGAUGGAUAAAAGAGUUGGGCUGAAGAGAUACGAGGUGAACGGCAGGAAAGUCUUAUUCUACUUUGAUGAGAUUUCCAGUCAGUGUAUGACAUGUGUGGCCUUCCAAGCUAUCAGAGAAUACAUCGUAGGCAAGAUGGCGCCUGUUCCGGUCAAGAUCUAUGACUACUAUGAACCAGCUUUUGAGGCCACCAGGUUCUACAAUGUUAGUGAGAGCAGUCCACUUGCACGGGAGCUGUGUGAUGGACCCACCUGUAAUGAAGUGGAGAGUUCAACAAAUCAUUGGACAGGUUUUGUGCAGGCAAACCAGUGCAACAAUGUGUUGGGCUGCGUGGAGGAGGAGCAAAUGGAACGAUGCACGUGUUACAGGGACUGUGGCUAUGAUGGGGAGCCUGUUUGUGGAUCAGAUGGGCAGCUCUACCAGAACCAGUGUCAGAUGGAGGUAUCGUCUUGUCGAAAUGGGACUCACAUCAAACAAGUUCACCUGUCCCAAUGUUUUCAUAAUAAAACCAUUGAAAAAAGUCAGCCAGAGGCAAGCCAGGAAAUCGAACAACCUUCAGUGCCCAUACAUGCAGGUGAAGAGGAACAGGGCUCCAUGAUGACAGAGGUGUCCUACUACUCCUAUGAAUAUGACUCAGAUUCUGGGGCUUUCCUUGCUGAUGCAGAGGGAGGGGACCAUUCCGACAUACCUGAAGGUGGUGGUGUUGUGCAGCAUAACGUGCCCCUACCAGCUAACAGCCAGCUGCCCACGGCUGACACAAAGAGCACCCCUGAGCGAUGAAAUGUAAAGUGAAACCAUAUGGCCACCCCAAAAUUGUACCAUAUUUGUGAAUAUGCUUGUGAAUGGAAAGAAAACAGAGAGUUUGCAGACUUGCUUCAACAAAAAAUCGGUGCGGUUUGGAAACAACUUUUUUUAGUUGUUUGGUGAAUUGAGUUGGAGUGGAUGCUUUUAUUGUGUAUGUCUGUUUUUUGUGCGUGGUAGGAAGUGAAGGAGAAAGAUUUUGAAGCUCAAAUCCUCUAGUUCAUUUGCUUCCUGUAGACUCAUCAGUAGACACCAUAGCAUCUUAAUCCAGUUUGCUGCUUUUAUAAUCACUAGAAAAAAAAACAGACAAGCAAUUUUUUUUUAUAUUUGUAAUUACACUCAAUGUUAAGCAAUAUAUUUUUAUUAUAUUUUCUAUCUGUGGUAUUUAUUUGUAGCUAGAAAUAUUUUUCUUUCUUUUUUUUUAAAGUCAAGGCCUGCCCACACAGACUACAUUUUCCCCAUUGUAGUUCUUGAUGUGCUCAUUCAAAGCACUUUUUGGCUUAAACACCAAUAACUGAAAGGUCUACUUAAAACGACUGUGCUGGUUUGCUGCUGAAGAAAGACAUGCUAAUCGUAUGCUUUACAGAAACAUAAGCUGAAGUUCUUUUUCAUCGUCAGACAUUUUCUUCAUUUUUUUUAUUCACUGUACCACUUCAAAGAGAUUGGAGGGUAAUGAGCAGAGAGAGAAAUGUAACAAAGGUCUUGUCAGAACCCGGUUGGCGGAUAUUUCUGAAUUUUGCUGCGUUUGGACUCUGCAUCUGUCUCUGAAACUACUCAACCAUCAUCUGCUCACCAUUCACCUUACAUACCAGCAAAUUUGAUUGUACAGUUUAUAAGCUAUUUUGUUUUUAUGUUCACGCAAGUGAUGUUUAGGAAAUCCAUUGAUGUAAAUGUGCCAGAUUUGACCAAAUGUAAUCCUGAUUUAUAUCAAACAUUGUUUAUAAAACAAAUGAGAAUAAAGUUUAUACACAAACCA